UUCGGCGCUUGCGCGUUCUGUUGCCGGCAAGUGGAAGAGGGGUUGUGUUCCCUCUUUUACCCUACUAUCCCCUAGCGCCGCCCGGACAUCGUGCUGGUCGCUGGCACCAUGAAAAUUUGGACAUCGGAGCACGUUUUUGACCACCCUUGGGAAACAGUUACAACAGCUGCUAUGCAGAAAUAUCCAAAUCCUAUGAAUCCAAGUGUAGUUGGAGUUGAUGUAUUAGCCAGACAUAUAGAUCCCACUGGAAAAUUGCAUAGCCAUAGACUUCUUAGCACAGAGUGGGGAAUGCCUUCUAUUGUAAAAUCGCUUAUCGGUGCAGCAAGAACUAAAACAUAUGUACAAGAACAUUCUGUAGUUGAUCCUGUAGAGAAAACAAUGGAGCUUAAAUCCACUAAUAUUUCAUUUACAAAUUUGGUUUCAGUAGAUGAGAGACUUAUAUAUAAACCACAUCCUCAAGAACCAGGAAAAACCAUUUUGACUCAAGAAGCCAUUAUCACUGUGAAAGGAGUAAGCCUUAGUAGUUAUCUAGAAGGACUGAUGGAAAGUACAAUAUCAUCUAAUGCUAAUAAAGGCCGUGAAGCAAUGGAGUGGGUAAUUAACAAAUUAAAUGCUGAGAUUGAAGAGUUGACAGCUUCAGCAAGAGGAAGCAUGAGGACACCAAUGGCAGCGGCAGCAUUUGUAGAGAAAUGAUAAAGGCUAUUUAUAUGAAACAUUAAUAGGUCCACCAGGGUCUCUCCAAGCUGGUAACAUAUUUAUUCGUAUUUGUUAUUUAAGAGGCAUAUCUGUAUUUUAGAUAGGUAUUCAAUUAGCUUGGAGGAAGGCUGCAACUUUUGAGGGAAAGGUGCAAGGCUUCCAAACACAUGGGAUCAACUGGAAUUAACCCAAAAAUAUCAUGCAAUAUCAAGUUUCCAAUUUUCUUGAAGAUUUAAGGAUAUUUCAAAUGGAUACUUUGACCAGAAACUAGCAUGUUGAAUAUCUCCAUAAGAUUGAAUUUUACAGCAUUUAAUUCAUGAGACUAUCCGGUUUUGGACCAACUCCAAAAAGAAGCAGAGGUACCUUUUUAAGCAUGAUUGCCCAAGCAGUUUUCAUGUUCUAAUAAUUUCCUUUGGAAAGAAGGGGAAUAUAUUACUUGAAGUCCAAAUGCAGGCCUUUUAUCUGUAAAAAAAAGUAACUAGCUUUAAAAAACUAUGACAUUCUGAACUGGUAUUUAAGUGAUAUUUUUGUAAUGAACACUAUAAUUAAAAUGAUAUGACUCCCAAUGUAAACUUGAUUGCAUUAUUUUACAAAAGUAUUGAUUUGCCAAAAUUUUGUGAUUUAAUACAGUCAUGAUCUAUCUUAAUUUUUGCACUUGAGGAAAUGUAUGAUUUAGAAUACUGAAUUCUGGACAUGUGAUGUUCACUUUGAUAUUUGAAAAGGAACUAAAAUGAAAAAGUUAUUACCUGAAUUUAGGAGCAUCAUAAAAUUUAAGCUACAACAGCUAUUUGCAUCUUUUAAGCAUUUCAUAUAAUGCUUAAUUAACUUGUGCAAAAAUGACUGAAUCAUACAUCAAUAAUUGGUACAGCAUGAUAUGUCAAACCAUUUAACUGCAAAAUAGCUAAUGGCAUCUUUUUAUUGUAGUAAUUGACCAUAAGCAAGUCUUUUUUACAUGCAGAUCCAUGGAUCAUUUGAUUUAAUUUCUAGUCUGAUUUGAAAUAUAAAUCCUAGAUCCUUUAGCUUUCUUUAUAAUCCUAUGGUGCCACUGCCAAAAGAAGGAACUUAACCACAGCUAAACCACUAAGGGAAGACUGCACUGAACCUUUUAUUUGUGGGAAGUCCUUCCUUUUGGCACAAGACUGCCAACUGGAAUACAGAAAACUUCCAGAAAAUGCUGUAUUUUGUUUAAUAUUUCAAAGCAGAUAAUUACUAACUGCUAGACAGUAUUUUCUGAUUCUUUUAAUUCUGUAAUACUAGUUGCAUAUGGAGUAUUCUAAAAGACAGUUAGAGCUUGCCUUUAACUGUGCUUAACCUAAAUUGGAACUUCUGUAAAGAUUUCAUACACUCUAAAGGUUUCCAAUAGAAAAACUAGUGUGUAUAUACAUAAGCCACAGAAACAUAAGUUUACCAAACUAUUUAAAAAUGAAUAUUUUUUCUAUUUAAAAUAUUGUUUAGCUUGAGACUUUGUUAGUACAUUUGUAAAAGCAACUCAGAUCCAUUAAGGUUUAUGAUUAUUUUUUGUAACGGGAUUGUUUUUACAACUGAAAUGGCACUUCCGCUAAACAAAAUAUAGUAAAUGUUAAUACUUGAUAAAAGUUGGCUGUGUAUAGUUUCUGUACGUUGGACUUGUUCAGAAAAAAGUGUAAUGAAUGCUCUAAUGAUAAAAUAUUUCUAAACAA